CUCUCUCUCGGAGGAGGGGUGUGUGUGUGUGUGUGUGUGUGUGUGCUAUUCAUAGUGUGAGAACCCGCAGAGGUCUAUUAGAAGUCAUUGAGUCCUUCCAGUGCACUUCGGCAUAGACUGCCGAGGGCUCAUUCAUUGCACAUUGUGGACCUGCUCAGUGGACAACAGCCAUGCAGGCUCAGGAAGUCCUGAGACAGCUGCGGCUUCCAGAUCUGGACGACGUUCGGCAGUACAUACGAGGCUUUCCAAGCAACACGCUAUUGGGCAUGGGUGUCUUCGCCGCCUUUACCACAUACUGGCUCGCCACGCGGCCAAAAGCUCUCAAACCACCGUGUGACCUCAACAUACAGUCCGUGGAAAUGGCAGGUGAGGAAGGCGCCAGAAGGUCGGUGCUGAACAGCAGCGAAGAGUACUUGACACACUACUACAGUGACGCAACAACGAUAUACGAGGUGUUCCUUCGGGGGCUCAGAAUGUCAAAUAACGGACCCUGUUUAGGCUCGAGAAAACCCAACCAGCCUUACGAGUGGCAGUCUUACAGAGAGGUUGCAGACCGGGCCGAGUGUUUGGGCUCUGCCUUGCUUCACAGAGGACACGCUCAGUCAGGAGACCAAUUUAUUGGCAUCUUUGCCCAGAACAGACCAGAGUGGACCAUUUCAGAGCUGGCGUGUUACACCUACUCCCUCGUAGCCGUUCCACUGUACGACACACUCGGCGCAGAGGCUAUUGGCUUUAUAAUCGACAGAGCUUCCAUCAGCACAGUGAUUUGCGACGUACCUGAAAAAGCUCAGAUGAUUCUCGAUUGUUUCGAGGAAAAAGGGCGAACAGUGAAGACGAUUGUGCUCAUGGAACCCUUUGACGCCGAUCUGGUGACGCGAGGGCAAAAGUACGGAGUAGAAAUUCUGAGCCUUAAGUGUAUUGAGGACUUGGGUAAAGCAAACUACCAUGAUCCUGUGCCACCAAAACCAGAGGACCUCGCACUAAUCUGCUUUACAUCUGGAACAACAGGAAACCCCAAGGGUGCAAAGAUCACGCAUAGAAAUGUCAUCUCCAACACUGCAGCCUUUCUUAAAAUGACAGAGGGCAAAUUGACAACCAGUUCCAAGGAUGUGCUCAUCUCCUUCCUCCCUUUGGCCCAUAUGUUUGAGCGAGUGGUGGAGGGUGUUAUCCUCAUCCACGGUGCUCGUAUUGGAUUCUUCCAAGGCGACAUUCGGCUUCUGAUGGAUGAUUUAAAAGAACUCCGACCAACUUUUUUCCCUGUAGUGCCGCGGCUCCUUAACCGCAUGUUCGAUAAAAUAUUUAGUCAAGCCAACACCCCACUAAAAAGAUGGAUGCUAGAUAUGGCUUUCAGAAGGAAAGAGGCGGAGCUAAAUAGUGGUGUGGUCAGAAACGAUAGUAUGUGGGACAAGCUCAUCUUUAAAAAAGUACAGGCGAGCCUGGGUGGUCGCGUGCGGAUGAUGCUUACGGGCGCUGCGCCCGUGUCGCCCACUGUUCUUACCUUCCUACGAGCGGCGCUGGGGUGUCAGUUUUACGAAGGCUACGGACAGACGGAGUGCACAGCAGGAUGUUCCAUGUCAAUGCCUGGGGACUGGACUGCAGGCCAUGUGGGACCUCCUCUGCCCUGCAAUGCCAUCAAACUGGUGGAUGUGUCAGAUAUGAACUACUUGGCGGCUAACAACGAAGGAGAGGUUUGUGUAAAAGGUCCAAACGUAUUCCUAGGAUAUCUGAACGACCCUGAGAAAACGGCGGAGGCAAUAGACAAGGACGGAUGGUUACACACGGGGGACAUUGGCAAAUGGCUUCCUAACGGCACUCUGAAGCUCAUCGACAGGAAGAAGCACAUUUUCAAGCUGGCGCAGGGAGAGUACAUCGCACCUGAGAAAAUUGAAAACAUCUACAACCGCAGUGACCCCGUGGCUCAGAUAUUUGUGCACGGUGACAGCUUGCAGGCAUGCCUGGUGGGGAUAGUAGUGCCCGAUCCGGACUUUUUGACCAUUUGGCUGAAAAGAAGAGGCAUUACAGGCUCCUAUUUGGAUUUGUGCAAGAGCAAAGAUGUUAAGAACGCUAUUUUGGAAGACAUGCAGAAGCUGGGCAAAGAAGGUGGACUCAAGUCUUUUGAACAGGUGAGAGACAUCGCCUUGCACCCAGAGAUGUUCUCUGUCCAGAACGGCCUGCUGACGCCGACGCUCAAGGCAAAGAGGGCGGAGCUUCGGAGUUACUUUAGAGCACAGAUAGACGAACUCUACGCCAACGUUAAGGUGUAAAAGUCUGUGUGGAGGGCGACAGUUGAACGGGAACAUAUCUGACAGUGACAAUCCGGACAUUUUUUUGCAGUAUUUGGUUUUGAAGGAACAGAAUGGUGACAACUGGAAAGUGAAUUUUCCUUCUGUAACACUUGACUGUCCUGACAUAUUAGUGGUUUUAUUUAUCCCAGGAUAAAAUUUAUAAUGUACAAUUGUCAAAUACAGUAUGACUCCUGUAAACUGAACAUCUGGAAAAUAAUCCACCUUUGUUUCAUGUUUUGGUUUGCUAUUAUAGUUCAUAUUUAAUUAAGUCUUUUAAGGGAUAAAUUGUGUUUCUGGUGAAUAAUAACUGAAUUGUGCCUCAUAUUGUGACGACUAAGAGUUCAGAGUACUGUUUAAUAUAUUUGCAUUCCCCUUUCUAUGUGGUGGGUUGUCAGAGGACUAACCGAUUUUAUGCAGGUGGAGUUAUUAAGAUGAAUGCUUCUGAUCCAAGCAUUGAUCAGUUGUGCGGUUGAUGAAAAAAAAGAAUGCUGUUCCUAUCACAUUAAGGCAAAUUAUGACAUGUGGAAUUGUGCACACAGUUAAAAUUAUAUUGUGUUUGUGUAACACCGAAAGGACAAGUGUGAAGUUGUCUGCUUGUACAAAUGUGACUUCAGUUUGCAAUAAAGUAUGUGUCUUCGA